AUGUCCUCAUUCUUCAAUCGGAUGCGAUCUGGUGCUGGAACGUCGAGUCCAUCAGCUGGCUCAUCCCCGGCCAAGAAAGAUCCCAACGCUCUUCAAAUAACACCGCUUGAGAAAUACCUAUUAGAUCUACCUCUGGGGCCUUCACGGGAUAAUGGCAGUGAUAAGUUUUGGGGCUUGGAAAAUUUCGGAAACACAUGCUAUUGCAAUUCGAUUCUACAAUGUUUAUAUUACUCGGUACCUUUUCGAGAACAGGUUAUCAACUACCCAAAACGUUCGCCUUUGGAGUCCGUUACCACCACCUCGACAGGACAAGCACGAAUAGAUCCUGACGCAGUCAUACUCCCUCCAAACCACCCCUCUCUGACGCCCACCAAACUCAUGAAACAGCAACCCGUACAAAGUUCUGCGCGAAAUCCAGGAGGACCGCCUCCCACACCAAAACCUGAAGACAAAGAACAUCCAGAUUUUAAGAAGAGAGUGGCGCAAGCCAGGGGGCCUACGCUUUCUAUGGGUAAUGAUAAUGCGGCCGCUUAUGGAAUGCCCGAAUCCCUGUUCACAUCUCUAAAAGACAUCUUCGAGGCACUUCUGGCUCAUAAAUCCAAUGUUGGUGUGGUGAGCCCGACUAAAUUUCUGGAGGUUCUCAGGCGGGAAAAUGAAAUGUUCCGGAGCGCGAUGCACCAGGACGCUCACGAAUUCCUGAAUCUUCUUCUGAAUGAGGUUGUAGCAAAUGUGGAGGUUCAUUCAAAGAAGCUCGAGGAAGAAAAGGGCAUGAACGGUCAUGCGGAGAAGACUGGUUUUGAAAAAGCGCUUGCAUCGGCGAUGACGAAAACAACAUCCAGCACGACAGGAUGGGUACACGAACUUUUCGAAGGCACUUUGACAUCGGAAACGAAAUGUCUGACUUGUGAAAACGUGUCGCAGCGUGACGAAGCGUUUUUGGAUCUCUCUGUAGAUUUGGACGAACAUUCUUCGGUGACGGCGUGUUUAAGGAAAUUCUCUGCGGAAGAGAUGCUGUGCGAAAGGAACAAAUUCCACUGUGAUCGAUGUGGUGGCCUGCAAGAAGCGGAGAAACGCAUGAAAAUCAAAAGAUUACCCAGAAUCUUAGCUUUGCAUCUGAAGCGGUUCAAGUACACGGAGGAUCUUCAACGAUUACAAAAGCUAUUUCAUCGGGUGGUAUACCCUUAUCAUUUACGCCUUUUCAACACGACAGACGAUGCAGAGGAUCCAGAUCGGCUGUACGAACUUUAUGCUGUGGUAGUGCACAUUGGAGGAGGGCCCUACCAUGGGCACUAUAUCUCGAUUGUGAAGACAGAAGAACGAGGAUGGCUGCUGUUUGAUGACGAAAUGGUCGAGCCUGUCGACAAGAGCUACGUCCAAAACUUUUUCGGCGAUCGACCAGGGCUGGCUUGUGCAUACGUACUUUUUUAUCAGGAAACAACGCUAGAAGCUGUGAAGAGAGAACAGGACGCCGAGAGCUUGGCAGCUGCUACCAAAGCGGUUGUGGAAAUACCGAAAGAACCCGUUGGACUAGGCCUCAAGACCAAUGGCUUCAUGAACGGUAUCCAGCAUGUAAAGAGCGCCGUGACGCCAACGUCAGAUGAGGAUACGAAUGGGUACGCAAGCCUCGAUAAGGCAGUCACGGAGCCUCCACAACCAAUAAAAUUAUCCACAUCGCCGUCCGAAGUCACCGCACUGCCCCAAGUACCAUCACGAACACCAAACGAAGACAUCAAGUCGAAAAAGGAGCGACACAAGGAAGAAAAGGAACGAAAAGCAGUGGCCAAAAUUACCGGGAGACAAGAAGAGAAAGCUGAACGGGAACGGUUAAAGAACCUCGAAGUCAAGCGGAAGGAGGGAAUGAAGAAGGCGGACGCAGAUACGAAAGCCGCCUUACAAGCUAGCAAAGCGUCGAAGGCGGAAGAGGAUCAGCGUGUCGCUGCGGAGAGUGGCAACAAAGACGGUGCUUCUACCCCUGUUCCUAUCCCCACAGGAGGCCUAAGCAGGUUCAAGUCGAGUAGCAAAAGCUUCCGCAAGCCGAAAUUAUUUGGGGGCUCCAAGGAAUCUAGCAAAGAUGAGCCAUUCGCAGAGGAAAAUGGAGCAGAGGCGACGACACCGACCGAUAAAUCAAAGAACCGGUUCAGCAGCUUGAGAAAGAAGACUUCUAAUAUGAUGUUGUAA